AUGUCCAACUUGAAGCUUAUAGUCGUCACUGGCGCAACCGGCAUGCAAGGUUCGGGCGUCAUCGACGCCCUCGCCUCGAACCCCGACUGGAAAAUCCGUGGUCUUACCCGAAAUACCAACAGCGAAAAGGCCAAAGCCCUCAUGGAUCGUGGCAUCGAGAUGGUAGCCGCCAACAUGGAUGAUGAAGAUAGUCUUUCUAAUGCCUUCAUUGGUGCCAACGCCAUCUUCGCAGUUACAGAUUUCUAUGAGCCAUUUGCGACAGAGAUCGGCCCCGAGAAGGCCAUGCAAAUCGAGUACGAACGAGGCGUGAAGUUGGCCCGUGCAGCUGCUAAAACAACAACUCUGGAAUUCUAUUUCUGGAGUACGUUACCAGCUGCAAGCGACUUGACGAACGGCGAGGUGAAAGUUCCGCAUUUCGAUGCCAAAGGGGCUAUCGAUGCAUAUAUCAAGAAUGACUCUGUCUUGAACGCAAAGACAAUCUUUCUUUUGACGGGGUUCUAUGCGUCUAAUUUUGGCUACCCGCCUUUUACCCCCAUUUACUCGAAGCCUGCUGGACAAUAUAUUCUUGCCCUCCCAGCACGGUCCUCGUCUUAUCUUCCCUCACUGGGCUCAGUGAGUAACAUUGGCAUCACCGUCAGCGGUCUUCUGCAACACCCAUAUCCGAAGGCCGCAGGUAGUCCAGAGGGAGGUAGAUAUGUUCACGUCACGACGGGAAAAUACCAACUUCAAGAUUAUUUCUCGAAAUGGGCAAUGAUAGCUGGAAAAGGCAAGAUUCAGGUUCUAUCAAUUCCUUUCGAGCAAUUUGAAGGGCUUCACGGUAUGUGGGGAACUGAGUUGGGUCUUAUGGUGAAGUUUUGGGAAGUAGCUGGCCCCCCAAAGAUGUGGGGAACUGUCGGAGAUCGUGAUGUUAUGGUUGAUUCUCGUGAACUCGAAAACGUCAAAGACAGAUUGGUCAGUGCCGAGGAGAUCUGGAGUCAGGUUGAUUGGAGCCAGUUUUAG